CACCAGGGGCGUUAGGUGGCUAGUCGGUCAAUUUUAGCUUGAAGAAUUGUUUUUAUGAAGAUUCCCUGCAUAGGAAUAGUGUUGGUGCUUGGUUGGAUAGAUAUCUGAGUAAACCUACAUUUCCACCACAGAAAAUCAUUGGUUUGGUCAAAAAGACGGUUUUUGAUUUGUUUGGUUGUCAUUGCAUUAAAUGAUCUCUAUGUUGUUCUUAUGGCAUUGAAAGUUCUAUCUCCAAUUUUAUGGGCAGAAAGGGAUCUCAUCUAGGACAUGAUACCAUUAUUGAUGGCAUGCUCAAAGAUGGGUUAUGGGAUGUAUACAAUGACUUUGGAAUGGGAGUAUGUGCAGAAAUAUGUGCUGACCAACAUAUCAUUACACGAGAAGAGCAGGAUUCUUAUGCUAUUCAAAGCUUUGAGCGUGGAAUUGCUGCUCAAAACAAUGGCCUCUUGGCUUGGGAAAUAGUUCCAGUUGAAGUUUCGGGGAGAAGAGGGAAACCAUCCACAAUUAUAGAUAGGGAUGAAGGUUUAGCAAAGUUUGAUGCUGCAAAAUUGAGGAAGCUUAGACCAAGCUUUAAGGAAGAUGGAGGAUCUGUUACUGCUGGCAAUGCUUCUAGCAUUAGUGAUGGUGCAGCAGCGUUAGUGCUAGUAAGUGGCGAGAAGGCAAUCAAGCUUGGUUUGCAAGUAGUUGCUAAGAUCAGAGGAUAUGCUGAUGCUGCUCAGGCACCUGAAUUGUUUACGACGGCUCCAGCCCUUGCCAUACCAAAAGCUAUUUCAGCUGCUGGUUUGGAGGCUUUUCAAAUUGAUUACUAUGAAAUAAAUGAAGCUUUUUCAGUUGUGGCUCUUGUCAAUCAAAAACUGCUUGGCCUUAACCCUGAAAAGGUUAAUGUUCAUGGUGGAGCUGUAUCGUUGGGACAUCCAUUAGGGUGUAGUGGAGCUCGUAUAUUAGUCGCAUUGUUGGGGGUGCUGAGACAGAAGAAUGGAAAGUUCGGGGUUGGUGGAAUCUGCAAUGGAGGAGGAGGAGCAUCUGCCCUUGUUUUUGAGCUCAUGUAAGCCAUGCAUAUAUAUAUAUUUGGCCGGUUACGAAGGUGGGACCGUCAUCUUUAUGAAACCAAUACAUGUACUGCUGAGAAAUUUUGUGGUUGUUUGUUUUUUGUUUUUCAACUUUAAAAGAAUAUAAAGCAAGCUGUAUCAAGUCUUAUGGAAGUGGACAAGUGCUUCUUCUUUUCUGAAAUGUUGAUGUUUUAUCAGAUAAAGAAACAAAAAAGCAACUGAACCGUGCUAAUUCCGAAA